UCAUCCUCCCUCGACCACGACCACUCUUCCUCUUGUCGUCUUUGUGUGUGUAAUGGUAAUGUGACUAAUGUGAGUGUGAGUUGUGUUUGUGUCCAGUUGUCACUCUUGUGCUUGUCAAUACAUAUUACAUACUUACACUAGUACAAAAAAAAUACAAAUACAGUAAGUGUUUCGUGUAUUAGGCUUAAAGUAAUUUUAACCGUAAAGUUUUCAUCAUAGAAAAAAUCAAAAAUGCCAAAUGGGCCUUACAGAAAAAAGAGAUUCCACCGAGGUGAUCCUCUUAUGAAAAAGUAUAAAACAAAAAGGAAGACUAAGGAUUUGGAUGAGAUAGACAGUGACCUGAAAAAGGAAACAGCAGAAAAGUUGUUGAAUCAAGAAAUUGAUGUAGACAAACCUGGAAAUGCCCAAUUCUACUGUUUACAUUGCGCGAGAUAUUUCAUUGAUGACCAUGCUAUGAAAGAGCAUUUUCGUUCCAAGGUUCAUAAACGCCGCCUCAAGGCUUUAGAACUUGAACCUUACACUGUCGAAGAAUCUGAGAGAGCCGCUGGACUUGGUAACUUUACACAAGCCAAGAGGAGAAAGAUCGAAACUCAACCAUCCAAAGAACCAGAAGAAAUGAAAGUUGAUGAAUCAAAUUAAUAAAUUUAAAAUGGCUAAAUAUUUUAAACUUUUUAAGAAACCUCUUUUUUUAAUCAGACCUAUGGUCAGACCCUUCAGCUCUUCCUUAGAAGACCAACCAAAGUCAUCACUUUUUAUUUCAGGCAAAAGAGCUCAGGAUACAUUUGUUGCUGUGGUUCCACAUAUAGACUUUGAUGAGAGAUUCAAAGACAUAAACAG